UAUCCGGUUGCGCUAAAAUCAUCCUCUCUUUUGCCAAUAACAGCGUGACAUUUGCAGGGCUUUUGGCAGAUUGCAGUUCUCUCGCGGUAUUGUGUGCGAAAAAAUACGCAGUAAGUCGUACGACCGGGAGGAAGUAACACUGUGUUGGGUGCGCAAAACAUGACGAUCAACAAUAUUUUGUGGUUCCGCCAUGGACUACGGCUGCACGACAACCCGAGCUUGCUGGAGGCGCUCAAGAACGAUUGUGUAAACCAGUCGAGCGAAACGGUGAAGCUGUUUCCGGUUUUCAUAUUCGAUGGAGAAAGUGCUGGAACCCGACUCAUUGGGUACAACCGGAUGAAGUUCCUGCUGGAAUCGCUAGCCGACCUUGACCGGCAAUUCCGCGAACUCGGUGGUCAACUACUGGUGUUUCGGGGCGAUAGUGUGAGCGUACUGCGUCGUCUGUUCGAGGAGCUGAACAUCAAGAAGUUGUGCUACGAGCAAGACUGCGAACCGAUCUGGAAGGACCGUGAUGACCAGGUAGCGAAGCUGUGCCAAUCGAUGGACGUUCGUUGCGUGGAGAAUGUCUCCCAUACGCUCUGGAAUCCGAACGAGGUGAUACAAACGAACGGUGACAUUCCGCCGCUUACGUAUCAGAUGUUUUUGCAUACGGUGAACAUUAUCGGUGAGCCACCGCGUCCAGUGGGCGCACCGAACUUUGAGUUCAUUGAGUUCGGUCGCGUACCGGCCAUUCUCGCAUCGGAGCUAAAGUUGUGCCAGGACAUUCCUGCCCCGGAGGAGUUCGGUGUGUUCUACGAUGGCAACGCAAGCAUCGCGUUUCAAAAGUGGAUUGGCGGCGAGACGCACGCUCUGGAAGCGCUCGGUGCGCGGCUCAAGCAGGAGGAAGAAGCCUUCCGCGAGGGCUACUACUUGCCAACGCAGGCGAAACCGGAAAUUCUCGGGCCGGCCACGUCGAUGAGUGCCGCGCUUCGUUUCGGGUGCCUGUCGGUACGCAUGUUCUACUGGUGCGUGCACGAUCUGUUUGCGAAGGUGCAGACGCACAGCCAGUUCCAGUACCCGGGCGGACAGCACAUCACUGGGCAGCUGAUAUGGCGCGAGUAUUUCUAUACCAUGUCGGUGCAGAACCCGCACUACGGCGAGAUGGAGCGCAACCCGAUCUGCUUGAACAUUCCGUGGUACACGCCGCAGGACGACUCACUCGCUCGCUGGAAGGAAGGUCGGACUGGCUUCCCAAUGAUCGAUGCGGCUAUGCGCCAAUUGAUGGCCGAGGGUUGGUUGCAUCACAUCUUGCGCAAUAUUACCGCCACCUUUCUAACACGCGGUGGUCUCUGGAUCAGCUGGGAAGCUGGACUGCAGCACUUCCUAAAGUAUCUGCUCGACGCUGACUGGUCCGUGUGCGCCGGCAACUGGAUGUGGGUUUCUUCAUCCGCCUUUGAACGAUUGCUCGACUCGUCCAAGUGCACCUGCCCAAUCGCCCUAGCGCACCGGCUCGAUCCGAAAGGUGACUACGUGAAGCGAUACCUGCCGGAGUUGGCCAAAUAUCCGGUCCAGUUUAUACACGAACCAUGGAAAGCACCUAAGGAGCAGCAGAUCGAGUACGGGUGUGUCAUAGGUGAGGACUACCCGGCGCCGAUGGUCGAUCUCUCGGCAGUGGCAAAGCGGAACGCUCACACCAUGGCUUCGCUGCGAGACAAGUUACUCGACGGCGGCUCGACGCCACCUCAUUGCCGCCCGUCCGAUAUUGACGAGAUCCGGCAGUUCUUCUGGCUGGCGGAUGACGUCGUCACUGAGGCCUCGUAGGCCGGCUGGAUUGCUCAAUGACUGGACAGGGACUAGACUAGAAAGCAGCAGGUCGCCAUUUGAUGUGCGUUAGGAAACGAGCUUAAUGGAAAGGUACAAGCAGGGCAUCAUACCCGAAAGGACGGGGUAGAUUUUAUAAGCUGUUUUAUCGCAAACGAUACAUGAUAUGUGUUUAGAUUCCAAAUUUUAAUUGAUGUUACCAUUCCAUCUCAUUGACGCUGUUGUUAACGACUCGUUCGUGAGUGUUUUCCGUGUGAGUGUGUUUGUUUGUCGAGAUUCGUAUAAUGUUCGAUCAUUUUGUAAGCAGCGUAGCAGGCAAGUAGCAGCUUGGCUAAAGGGCCUAAACUUGAGGAAUUUGAUUCCUACACGGUACAACUCGGAAGAAAAAUACCUGCCAAGGACAACGAUGCCACCCAAACACGAUCCAAUAAAAGGUACAAUUUUUGUUAAACAUAUGUAAUGCCAAAUGUAUAAGCGUGAAAAAACAUAAUCAACCAAUAAAUUCAUUGUUAAUCCAACCGCACUUAAUAGUAGA